CUCCUCCUCCUCCGCCUGCUUCUUCUCCUGUCAAAGCCCGAGCUGCUGUCAGGCAGCCGCCUCUCCUCCUCCCGAGGAGGCCUGAGCAGGUAAACAGCGGCCUGCCUGAGAAAGGGAGACCCUUCCCCGCAUUUGGCCUUGGUCACCCCGAGCCUCUUAGGCUUGCAGAGAGGACGAUGAGCGCGGGGCGGGGGCAGCCUUGGGCCUAGUUGGGGGGCCCGAAGCACCGGCCUCGCCUGGCCCGCCGCCCCGGAGAAGUACGUUCCAGGAGGGAACGGGGAGGUGAACCCAAGUGCAAAAUGGGUGAUCCCAGAGACAUUUGUCCUCACCUGGAUUCCAUAGGUGAAGUCACUAAGGAUGAUCUGCUUCUUAAAUCCAAAGGUACUUGCCAGUCUUGUGGAGCAGGGGGACCAAACCUGUGGGCUUGUCUUCAGGUUUCCUGCUCUUAUGUUGGUUGCGGGGAAUCCUUUGCUGACCACAGCACCCUUCAUGCACAGGCCAAAAAGCACAACCUGACAGUAAACCUGACAACGUUCCGGGUAUGGUGCUAUGCCUGCGAGAAGGAGGUUUUCUUGGACCAGCGGUUGUACUCCCACACACCAGUCCCUCCAUCAAAAUUCAUGGACCAGAAUUCUCCUCCACCCAUCCAUUCCCUAAAAGCUGUACCCAUCGCAGUUGCUGAUGAAGGGGAGUCCGAGUCGGAAGAUGAUGACCUGAAACCGAGAGGCCUUACAGGAAUGAAAAAUCUUGGGAACUCCUGCUACAUGAACGCUGCACUCCAGGCUCUCUCAAACUGUCCCCCACUCACUCAAUUUUUCCUUGAAUGUGGCGGUCUCGUGCGCACUGACAAGAAGCCAGCACUUUGCAAAAGUUACCAUAAGCUGAUUUCCGAAGUGUGGCAUAAGAAGCGCCCAAGUUAUGUCGUCCCCAGCAGCCUGUCACAUGGAAUCAAGCUGGUCAACCCCAUGUUUCGAGGGUAUGCACAACAGGACACCCAAGAAUUCCUACGCUGCUUGAUGGAUCAGCUCCACGAAGAGCUGAAGGAGCCAGUCAUGGCCGAGACCCGGGACUCCGACUUGAGCGACAUGGAAGACAAGCAGGAGCAUGACCGCAGCCCCUCGGAGGACGAGUUCCUCUCCUGUGACUCGAGCAGCGACCGGGGCGAAGGGGAUGGGCAGAGCAAAACUGGGUGCUCCCUGGCAGAGGCUGAGCUGCUGAUCCAGGACGAGGCUGGGCGGGGGAUUUCUGAAAAGGAGCGGAUGAAGGACCGGAAGUUCUCGUGUAGCCAUCGGCGGAGCAACUCGGAGCAAGUGGAUGAAGAUGCUGAUGUUGACACCUCUGUGACAGCAGUGGAUGGCAGGGCUUCCCCAGAAGUGCUCCCUCCUUCCACACCUCAUCCAGCCAGCCCCUCUAGGACUCCAGAACCAGACAAUGAUGCCUACACACGCUGCUCCUCUCGGCCCUGCAGCCCCGUUCAUCACGAAGUGCAUUCCAAGCUCUCUAGCAGCCCCCCACGCUCGAGCCCUGUGCGCCUGGGAUCCUCCUCCUAUGUGCUGAAAAAGGGUGAACCCAAGUGCAAAAUGGGUGAUCCCAGAGACAUUUGUCCUCACCUGGAUUCCAUAGGUGAAGUCACUAAGGAUGAUCUGCUUCUUAAAUCCAAAGGUACUUGCCAGUCUUGUGGAGCAGGGGGACCAAACCUGUGGGCUUGUCUUCAGGUUUCCUGCUCUUAUGUUGGUUGCGGGGAAUCCUUUGCUGACCACAGCACCCUUCAUGCACAGGCCAAAAAGCACAACCUGACAGUAAACCUGACAACGUUCCGGGUAUGGUGCUAUGCCUGCGAGAAGGAGGUUUUCUUGGACCAGCGGUUGUACUCCCACACACCAGUCCCUCCAUCAAAAUUCAUGGACCAGAAUUCUCCUCCACCCAUCCAUUCCCUAAAAGCUGUACCCAUCGCAGUUGCUGAUGAAGGGGAGUCCGAGUCGGAAGAUGAUGACCUGAAACCGAGAGGCCUUACAGGAAUGAAAAAUCUUGGGAACUCCUGCUACAUGAACGCUGCACUCCAGGCUCUCUCAAACUGUCCCCCACUCACUCAAUUUUUCCUUGAAUGUGGCGGUCUCGUGCGCACUGACAAGAAGCCAGCACUUUGCAAAAGUUACCAUAAGCUGAUUUCCGAAGUGUGGCAUAAGAAGCGCCCAAGUUAUGUCGUCCCCAGCAGCCUGUCACAUGGAAUCAAGCUGGUCAACCCCAUGUUUCGAGGGUAUGCACAACAGGACACCCAAGAAUUCCUACGCUGCUUGAUGGAUCAGCUCCACGAAGAGCUGAAGGAGCCAGUCAUGGCCGAGACCCGGGACUCCGACUUGAGCGACAUGGAAGACAAGCAGGAGCAUGACCGCAGCCCCUCGGAGGACGAGUUCCUCUCCUGUGACUCGAGCAGCGACCGGGGCGAAGGGGAUGGGCAGAGCAAAACUGGGUGCUCCCUGGCAGAGGCUGAGCUGCUGAUCCAGGACGAGGCUGGGCGGGGGAUUUCUGAAAAGGAGCGGAUGAAGGACCGGAAGUUCUCGUGUAGCCAUCGGCGGAGCAACUCGGAGCAAGUGGAUGAAGAUGCUGAUGUUGACACCUCUGUGACAGCAGUGGAUGGCAGGGCUUCCCCAGAAGUGCUCCCUCCUUCCACACCUCAUCCAGCCAGCCCCUCUAGGACUCCAGAACCAGACAAUGAUGCCUACACACGCUGCUCCUCUCGGCCCUGCAGCCCCGUUCAUCACGAAGUGCAUUCCAAGCUCUCUAGCAGCCCCCCACGCUCGAGCCCUGUGCGCCUGGGAUCCUCCUCCUAUGUGCUGAAAAAGGCUCAGAUGUUGACUUCCAGCAAGAAGAAGAAGGAGGUCCGUUACCGCAGCGUCAUCUCUGACAUCUUUGACGGCUCCAUCCUCAGCCUGGUCCAGUGCCUCACCUGUGACCGAGUGCGUUCCCUUACUGCUGCUGAUCCAGGGAAAAUGGUAUCCACCACUGUGGAGACAUUCCAGGACUUGUCGCUUCCCAUCCCUGGGAAGGAGGACUUGGCCAAGCUGCACUCUGCCAUUUACCAGAAUGUGCCAGCCAAGACAGGAGCCUGUGGGGAUAACUAUGCUGCCUCGCAGGGCUGGAUCGCCUUCAUCAUGGAGUAUAUCCGGAGGUUUGUGGUGUCUUGCAUCCCCAGCUGGUUUUGGGGCCCGGUGGUCACCCUGGAGGACUGUCUUGCUGCCUUCUUUGCUGCAGACGAGCUGAAAGGUGACAACAUGUACAGUUGUGAACGAUGUAAAAAGUUGCGAAAUGGAGUCAAGUACUGCAAAGUUCUCCGGCUCCCUGAGAUCUUGUGCAUUCACCUGAAGCGUUUCCGACAUGAGGUCAUGUACUCCUUCAAAAUCAACAGUCACGUCUCUUUCCCUUUGGAGGGGCUGGACCUCCGGCCUUUCCUAGCCAAGGAGAGCAUCUCGCAGAUCACCACCUAUGACCUCCUCUCUGUGAUUUGCCACCAUGGCACAGCUGGCAGUGGACACUACAUUGCAUAUUGCCAGAAUGUAAUCAAUGGCCAAUGGUACGAAUUUGAUGAUCAGUACGUCACGGAGGUCCAUGAAACAGUUGUACAGAAUGCAGAGGCCUAUGUUUUGUUCUACAGGAAGAGCAGCGAGGAGGCUGUGCGGGAACGGCAGAAAGUGGUCUCGCUGGCGACCAUGAAGGAACCUGGGCUGCUCCAGUUCUACAUCUCUCGGGAGUGGCUCAACAAAUUCAACACUUUUGCCGAGCCAGGCCCCAUCACCAACCAUACCUUCCUCUGCUCCCAUGGAGGCAUCCCUCCAAAUAAAUAUCAUUAUAUUGAUGACCUGGUGGUGAUUCUUCCCCAGAACGUCUGGGAGUAUCUCUACAACAGGUUCGGUGGGGGCCCAGCUGUCAACCACCUCUAUGUGUGUUCAGUGUGCCAGGUGGAGAUCGAAGCCCUGGCCAAGAGGAGGAAGAUUGAAAUCGACACUUUCAUCAAGCUGAACAAGGCCUUCCAGGCCGAAGAGUCUCCUGGAGUCAUCUAUUGCAUAAGCAUGCAGUGGUUCCGCGAGUGGGAGGCGUUCGUCAAAGGAAAGGACAACGAACCGCCUGGACCUAUCGACAACAGCAAGAUUGCUGUGGCAAAAGGCAGUGGUCACAUGCAGGUCAAGCAGGGAGCCGAUUACGGGCAGAUUUCCGAGGAGACGUGGACUUACUUAAGCACAAUCUACAGCGGAGGUCCUGAGAUUGCCAUCCGGCAGAAUGUGGCCCAGGUGCAGGAGGUGGAGAACAUGCACGGGGAGCAGAAGAUUGAGGCUGAGACCCGGGCGGCCUGAGAGACAAUGGACCAUGUGGGGAAGGUACACUGGAGAGGCACAGGGGCACCCAGAGCCCCUGAGGUUAGGCUCAUGUGGAUAGCUGCUUUACCUUCUGUCGCACCAUUUCCCCAUCUAGCCCAUUACAGUCUAAUCCAGGGAUGGGGAAACUGUGCCCCCCCCAAAAAAAUAACUGUUGAACUACAACUCCCAUCAGCCCCAGCUAGCAUGCUGCAGUGGUCAGUGGAUGAUGAGAGUUAAGAAGCUGCCUUUAGAGCAGGCAUCCCCAAACUGCGGCCCUCUAGAUGUUUUGGCCUACAACUCCCAUGAUCCCUAGCUAACAGGACUAGUGGUCAGGGUUGAUGGGAAUUGUAGUCCAAAACGUCUGGAGGGCCGAAGUUUGGGGAUGCCUGCUUUAGAGUGUUUCUGAAUCCUGAAGAGUUUCUUUAAACAAACCCCUCUGUUCCAAAACCUUUAAACAGUUUUUUUAAACAGCAUAGAAAGCUGCCUUAUACUGAGUCAGACCAUGGUUCUAUCUAGCUCCUUAUCGUCUACACUGACUGGCAGGGACUCUCUAGGGGUUUCAGGCAGGAUCUCUUUCCCAGCCAUAUUUGGAGAUGCUGCUGGGGAUUGAACCUGGGACCUUCUGCAAAGCAGAUCUGGUGCUCUGCCACUGAGCUGCACCCCUCUCCC